AUGGACAUCACCGCUUGCACCGUGGGCAAUCGCGAUGCCGCUCUGCUCAUCGCCGACUACAACGCAUACCGCAAGCAGCUUUCGCGACAAUUGCUCGCCCUGCGCAAGCGUCUCGGCCGCUCCACCAACAAGGGCCACAAGUACUCCAACAAGUCCACAGUCACCGCCGAAGAUGUCGCCCAGAAUCCUCAAACUGCCCGUCUCUUGCUGCUCAGCUGCGAACGCGCCUGGGCCCAUGCCAUGCACAUCAAGUCCAUCCACUCCGAAGACAACCAAGGAAACGGUAUAACUGGAACCACUCGCUCCCACAUCAUCUCGCGCUUCCACAAGGCUGCUCGUCUUGCCCAGAAUCUGACCGACAUCCUCAAACACCCCGAAGCCUCGAAAACAACCCACCAAGACCUGCUCGAAGCUGAAGCCUACCGAGCCUCUCUCUCCGGAGCCGAACACUUUGAGAAGCAGUCAGAGGGUCGUGUCAACACCGAGAACCCUCAGAGAUGGGAUCUUUGCUUGCGCGAGUAUUCCACUGCCCGCAUCGUCUACGCAACCCUGUUCGCCCAUGGCAACAAGGACCUCUUCCGCGAGAUUCUCGCCAGCGCUGUCGAUCCUGCCAUUCGUUAUGCCGCCUACCAAGCUCGCCUUCCUCGUUCCGUCCCCGUCUCGACUGUCGCUUUGCGCUACUUCCCCAAAGACAAUGACACUCUUGUCAAACUGUUGCAACAACUCGAUCCUAAUGCUCUCAACGAAACCACUACCGAAACCAUCGGUCAAGCCCUUGCUGCUGUCGCAUCCGCUGAACCUGAAUUGAGCGCAUACCUGAAGUCCAAUCCUUCCGCCCUGACCAGAGAUCGCGCUGGUGCUUACGACAAUGUACUCAUCGCCAGUCAGGACGCUGCAGAUGCCACUAGAAGAGCCAUCGAAGAGCUGGAGAAAGAGAGAGUAGAUGAGGGUGACAACCGAAUGCAAGAUCUGCGUGUGACCAGUCUUGCCGUCAACUACGCCCUUGUCAGCUGGCGUGUGGGCAGAAACCGCGUGCUGAUCGGGUCCGAAGAUGGCAGAUUGUUCGGGGAGAAAAAGGCCAAAUCCAGCAAACGCGCUCGUGACCAGCACAAGUCGGAGCCCAGAGGAAGCCAGCUUGCCCGUCUGCGCGAGAGAGUGGUGCUUUACGAUUCGACCAUUCAGAGCAUCGACUCGAUCAAGGAACUCAGAGGCGCUAUGAGGGACGAGAGCUUCGUGCGCGAGGUGGAUGGCAAGCGUGCUUACUUCCAGGCCCUCAGAUGCCUCAACAUUGCAAUCUCGCACGCUCUCCUGUCCGAGCAUGUGAAUGCUCUCGCUCUGUUGGCCCGCGCACUCGAACUUGCAAAGCAAUGCUCUAGUUCAUUGCCAUCAACCUCAUCCGACCCGUCGUCUGCGCCUACUCUCGACAUUCACAAGUCUCAAGCCGAUGCGCUCCAGACUCAACUGCAGCAGCUCGUGUACAGACAUCAAGCACUGGUGGACCUGCACAAGUUCCACGACAAUGCAUCCAUCGCAGCAGCCAAGCACAUGUCUACUGCUGCCCCUCUUGUCCAACGUCUCAGCGACUUCCCCACACCAGGUGUCAAUGUCAACCUCAAGAAUUUGGUCACAUAUCCUCCCAAACUUGAGCCGAUCCCGGUGAAACCGUUGUUCUUCGAUGUCGCAUGGAACUACAUCGAUUACCCGACGACGGGUAAGCAGGCGGUGGAAGCAAAGGCAGCUGAUGUGAUAGUCGAAGAGAAGCCCAAGGAAGAAAAGAAGAAGGGCUGGUUUGGCUUUGGACGAUGA